CCCCCGUCCAGCCCGCCCCGCCUGGUACAGAAGGUGGCAAGAGAGGCCUCCAUCCGUAUGUGUGCAUGUCAUUGUGAGUGUUUGUCAUGCUACGGUUUUUCUCUGCUGAUUAAUGCCUAAUUCCAGCCGAGGAGGUCUGGAACCUUGAGACUGGAAGGACGAAGAGCAGGAGGACUUUGAAGAACCAGAACCAAGAGCAGAGAGACCAGUUCUUCCCCUUCAGGAGAGCCCAAGAGUGGAAUCUGGAUCUGGAAUGAGACAAAUCAGAAGGGAAGCUGAGUUGAUGUGCUGUGAGAGAACUCCCCCUUGUUUGUGAGGGAAGAACCGCAGCGGCUAUAGGAUACACCGUUGGAGAGGGGAAUUGAAGUUGGUCGCGGGUUCAGCACACUCUCCCAGCAGUUCAAGAGGUUUAUGGUCCAGAUUUAAACUGAGACCAUGAAGGGCUUGGAGCUGCUGCUGUUGCUGCUUUUUCUAAAAGAUGUUAGUGCUCAGUGGAAUGUGUGGAUGCCCAGAGACAUUUCAGCCAUGACAAACUCCUGUGUGGUUAUACCUUGUUCAUUCACAUACCCCUCUGGUAUCAGGCCUUAUAGGGGGGUCCACGGGAUCUGGUAUUUUGGCCACCCCUACCCCCAGCUUUUCCCCCCAGUGGUGUAUAAGUCACGCACAGAUAUUGUUCACGAAAGUUAUAAAGGACGGACCAGGCUACUGGGUGACCUGACACAAAAAAACUGCACACUGCUGAUAAAAAAUGUCGGCGAGGAACUUUCUGGGAGGUAUUACUUCCGUGCAGACCUGGGCGGAGCAAAUAUCUACACUUUUCCUGACUUCACAAAUCUACAGGUGUUGAAUCAGCCCAACAUCGAUGUUCCAGAGGAGAUUGUUAGUGACUUAAGCCUGGACUUGACCUGUUAUGUACCAGACAAUUGUCCAGACAUGAGUCCAGAGAUCCACUGGAUGUACACAGACUACCUGCCCGACCCCGUUUUCACCCCUGACACUGUCGAGGAAAGCAACACUGCUGUACUGUCCAGCACCCUUACCUUCACACCCAAACCCAUGCACAACGGCCAGCUGCUGGGUUGCCGGGUCCACUACCCAAACACCACCUUUAUCUAUGAACGCCUUAUUUCUCUGGACAUCAAGUACGCCCCUCGAACCGUGUGGGUGAAUGUGUCUCAAGAGGUGAUGGAGGGAAGCUCGGUGGUCCUGCACUGUGAUGUGGACAGUAAUCCAGUCCCCACGAUAACUUGGUAUUUUGGUGAAAAAGAGCUGAUGUCGGAAACCGCCUCAAACUCUUCACUGCCCCUGGACAACCUGACCCCGGAGGAGGAAGGUGUCUACACCUGCGUUGGUGACAAUGGCUACGGCAGCAUGAACACAUCCAUGUAUCUGGCAGUAAAUUUUCCUCCACGGGAGCCAAGGAUUAAUGAAUCUCUGACAGCGUUAGAGGGAUCUUCAGUUGCUCUACAGUGCACCAGCAGGGGUAAUCCAAUGCCCACGUUGACCUGGCUGAAGGAUGGGGAGCUGGUGGGCACCAUCACAGCUGAGGAGGGGUCAGUGCUCGAGCUGCACGAGAUCACACCGCAGGCCGAUGGAGUCUACCGCUGUCUGGCCGAGAACGAACACGGACGGGCCAGCAGCUCACUUAACAUUACAGUAGAAUUUGCCCCUGUCCUCCUUGACGACUCUAAGUGCACUAUAGUCCGUGAGGGCGUUCAGUGUGUGUGCAUUGCCUCAGGAAACCCUGAGCCUGUGAUCGAAUUCCACCUGCCUGACCUCAACAUUACCAUCAACAACUCCAACAACCGUUUCAACUACUACGUGCACUCGGAUGGGUACACCUCCACGGGCAUCAUCAAGCUCCAGGACAAGGGUGAAAGGGGAAACAAUGGUGAUACCGCUGUCCAUGUGCACUGCAGUAUCAGCAACAUUUACGGCUCCGAGACCAUCCGCUUGGAAUUGCAGCAGGAGAAAAAGUACAUGAUGGCCGUCAUAGUGGGAACCAUCGGAGGUGUGGCGGUCAUCGCCUUCAUCAUCGCAGCUGUGAGAUACGUGGGUCAUAACAAUAAAAAAGAGAAUGGUAACCCUGGGCAGGACGUGGGAUCUAAAGUGGAGAAUCCCUCAAUGUUCUACAGCGCAGUCAAGAAGGACAAACAGAGUCUCAGGAAAAAAGUGCUUAAGACUGAGCUCCUGGGCUCAAAGUUUAACUCCAUCCUAGAGGAAGGCACGGGAGACGACAGUGAUUACCAAUCUGUGGGCCCAAUGGCAGGCAUGGAGAGGCAAGAGUUGAAUUACGCCGCCCUAGAGUUUCUUCAUGGACGACACCGGGAGGGAGGCUUCAGGAGGGCUGAUGGUGACGGCAGCGACUAUACUGAAAUUAAGGCCAAAUGAACCGCGAUUCUUCCCUGAUGCCUUGGCCAAACGGGACACGGGGCCACUAGGACCCAAUCAUUCCCCAUGCCCCACAAAUUUUCAAUUUCAUCUAUAUUAAAUGUGACCUUUUGAGGGGACAAUGGUCUUAAACACCUAGCGGACAAUGUGCAAUUAUUUUUGUCAGAGUAUAAGGUUUUUGAGCUCUCUUACGUCUCUGAGGUUCUGGGAAUGACACUUUCCAUUACCUGUAAAAUAUACAAUAGAGAUUCUUUAUAUAUUUAAUAGUUUUCGGUUAUUUAUACCCAUUCUUGCUUGUAACCAUACCAGAUAUUUGUCUCUUGGUUUAAAAGACAAGACUUUCUAAAAAGAAGGUUCUUUUCCCCAAGAGUUACAGAAGAGCUUUUCUCAAAGUUUGAAGAAGCUUAAGGGAAUCGGUAUGGUUUCGGGAGAGACUCAGUCCCUAGUGGUCCUUUUCACUGUGUCCGCUGUAAGUCAAAGCAUCAGGGAACGAGGUGCUCUGUGCACCUCGACAUAUAGAAUAAGCACUAUCCCCAACUCUGGGUUUGUCCAGAGAGACUAAUACUCUCAAAUAUAGCCAGACUAUGUGUACAUUGAUACUUUUUUCACAUACCCAGAAGUGAUUGUUAAAGGGAUAAUUUGCCCGAAAAAUGAAAAUUCACUCACCCUCAUUUCAUUCCAACUGCAUGUUGCAAGAAUCUCCAUUCAGUUAUUUCCAUACAAUAACAGUUCAUAGUGCAUACUACAUCUGUCAAACUUUAAAAAGGCAAAAUACAUAAUUAAAGUACCAUUGUGUGCUAUAUUCCAAGUGUUUUGAAGCCAUUAUUGACAUCAGUUAUGCCAAAAAUUAAGAAUGGGAUGCCAUUUUUAAUUUUCUGAACUCAAAUGUAGAAUAAAAUGUGGAAUAUUGAGUCGUAUGGACUACUUUUAUCGGGCUGUUAUGAAGUUUUAUCAUCCAUUUUUGGAGUUUGUGAUGGCUGAAGUAUUGUAUGGAAUAGCUGCAUAAAGAUGCUUUAUAUACUUUGAUGUUCCAUGGAAAGAUAAAGUCAUGUGAAUUUGGAACAAAAUGGAGGUGAGCAAGUAUCACAAUUUUCAGAUUUGGGUGAAGUAUUCCUUAAUUUUGGCUUACAUUUGUACUGUUUUUCCCCCCCAUUUCAGUUUAUACUGUAUCUUAAUUAUUUGUAUUUGUAAAUGAAAACAGGCCAGUAACUGAAUUCCAAACUGGUUUAUUGAAUGGUUGCUGGAUUUUGUUUGUCCCAACUACUUUGUGCCCUUUUAUUCAGAUAUAUAUUUAUUUAAAAUAUGUUCCAAAUAAAUUGAGGAGCAAAAUCACCCUUUUAAUUAUUCAGCCAACCUGGAAGUAGUAUAUGAUCAUGCCUGAUGGCCAUCCCUGCCCUGGAACACACUGCAAUCCAAUAGAGUCAAGCUGACAUUUGAUACCAAUAGAAAGUCAUAUUUAAUAAUGGAUGAUUGAAGCUCAUCCUUUGAAACAGAAUAAGAAAUAACCACCAUUUGGAACAUAUAGAAAGGUAUCACUUUACCUAAGGUGCUUGAAAUAAAUGUAAUGUUUUAUGUAAUCAUGUAAUCCUCUGGUAAGGUUGUGUCCAAUAGAUGUUUGUUAAAUGGUCAGUAUAUGCAAUUAGCCCUUGAAAUGCAUUUUGACUAACAGAUUAAUGAGUCAUUAUGAUAUUAAAUUAAUUGCAUCUUACAUUCAUAAAGCAUUCAAUGCACCUUGGUAGGAUACCAAUGUAUGUAAAUACUCUGCAUGAUAUAUAGUUCCGUGUUGUGGAGCUUUGACUGCACAACAAGAACAUACAUUGUGCAACAAUGGUGUAUAUUUUGCAGAAAAUCACACAAAAAACUGACAUUAUAUAUGCAUAUACAAUUAGUAACAGACAGUCCAUGUUUGAAGGUAUAUACACAGAUAUUUAUUUGUAAGCAAAAAGACUUGGGGGCGCAUUUCACUUUAAGUGUUGUAAAGAAUAUUUGUAUGUAUCUGACUGUGUGAUGGCAAUAAUAAUGAACAAAGUAAUGUUGUUUCCUAAUUGACAUAAUAAUGCAGAGCAGAAAAUCUCCAAUCGUUAUUUAAAUAAUAAUUUACAUGAUGUUCUUUGCUUGUGUUCUUUUUAUUUAAUAAAAGUCUCCAUACACAAAUGUU